AACAUAGAUGACAACGACAUUCUUCUUCUUCUUUCUUCUUGUUAUCGUACACGUUAAAUUUUCCCACUUGACCAUAUGUUAUAAAUAUUAGUCAUAAAAGUACCAUUAAUACUUUCAGUUAUAUAUUCAACCCAAAAUUAAUGAGACCCAGUCUUCUCUUUCCACCUUGUUCCAUAACUCUCAAGCUUUCUCAUGCCAAAAACUACCUCUUCCACAGGCCUUCGCUUCACCACCCAAUUCUCAACUCAAAGGUUGGACAAGUUAGCGGUUGAAUUCCGGAAUUAAUCGGGUUAUAAAGGAUUAUUGAUUUGUGGUAUAAAUGGGAAAGCACUUGUGGAGCAAAAACAAUGGCGAUGAAUUUGUGGAUAAUCAACCAGGCUGCAUGUGGGGCAUAAUUCAUGCUCUUGACUACCAUCAUUGGAACCAUAAUGUCAAAAAGAUGCUUCCCCACAAGAGGCAUUAUGGACGAAGACGUACCAGAUCCAAUGGAAGUCCAAGAACAAGAUUUUUUGCCAAUGAUGCUGGUGAAGUGCAAAAACUUUUGGAUGUUGAAGCAAGUCACUUCCUUGUCAAUGAGAGUAGUACAAAAACUAGCUCAACCAAUAAAAGCUCUCUCAAAGCUCGCAUAAAAGCAUUUAUUAGUGAAGAGAUGUCUCGAGAAGAAGACUGCAAGCAACAGUCUUCACACUUUCCUACAGGAGCUCGGCUGCAACGAACAUAUUCAAUCCAUCAUUUAGAAUCUUUAGAUCACGGCCCUGGAAAAUACUCUGGCUGUAAGCAUCCAAUUAUUUCCCGUCAUAAGAAUGGUUACACAAGUGCCACCAGAUUGCAGGAUCCAGCACAGACGAAGGCCAAUGUCCUGCCAGUUAGCUGCAAUGAAAAAUUUGAUGUCUCUAUUACCAAGAAUGUAGUGGACUGCUUGGAGCAUAAUUCUGGGGAAGCAAGGGAAAUAUUGGAAAACCAGAAGCUCAUGGAAGCUAACCAGCUCAGUGGAAAUGCUUCAAACAAUGAGUUUAAGGACUACUUGGAUGUUCUGGAAAUAUUUAACGUAAAGAAGGAAUUAUUCCUCAAAAUUCUACAGAAUACAGAUGAUGGUACUGCAAACUGCCUCCACAGCCUGCAGGCUUCCAAUAUGCAAGCAAGAUUAACCAAAUCAGGGUCAUUUCCUGCAGCUAAUUUUUCACACAUUGGAAACUCCAAACAGAAUGAAGUUUGGGCCUUUCCAAAAGGAGAGAAAUUGGUUGCUGGUACUCAAGAACCUAAUUUGGUUGCAUCCAAGUUUUUGAAGGACCUCUAUUCAAAGUCUGGGCCAGUGAUAGCCGAUGAUAGUGGUCGAGGCAGUGCGCUAAAUCAAGAAACAAGCAUCUCUUCUUUGGGUUCGACACGUGAAUUGGAUGACCAAGGAAGUAAUGAGAUUGUCAUGGAUGUUUUGAAACAUAUUAAGCAGAGAAUAGAACAUGAAGUCAAGAAGAGUGGAAAUGAGAGUAGCUUCACCUCCUUGGAUGCAUCCUUGGGUGGGAAAGAGAUAACUGAAAGGUGGAAAGAGAGUACAAUAGGAGUUGGUAAAGACAGUUCCAGCAGCUGUGAAACUGAUGGUUCUGUUUGUGAUCUCAGCAAGAGUAAACACAAAAGAACAUCCUCCCUAAAUGAGUCACUGAAUAGGUAUAAUCAGUUGUUUGAGUAUGGCUUCAGCAGAGAGGCCAAGUGGAAUCUCUCUAAGAGCUUAAAGUUGACGAAUGAGAAUGCAAUUCCAUCAGAUGGGCAUGCUUCAAUAUCCUUCAGAAGGAUUCACUCUCUACCUCAUCUUGAUUCUUAUCGUUUCCUCCAGAAUGAGGUAUCUUGUGAUGCCCAUUUUUCAGGGAUGCCAAUCAGGACUGUUGUGGAAAGAAGUGGUAGUCAUAAUGAACUAAAGCCAGAAGGCCUUCCUAUAAGUAAAGAGAAACAUGUACCACUAUAUGCUAAUGAAGAGACUGACUGUCUAAAUAAUACAGUAAAAAGAAGUGAUAGUAGUCCAAGAAUGGAACGUUUAGCCAGUAUAACAGUGGGGAUAGAUGAUGAAGGGACUGCUAGGAUGGAUGGGCUUAGUGAGAAAAUGGAUGGACCAACAAUUGGGGAAAGCAAUACUCAAAAUGAACCGGAAAUAAAUUUUGCAGAGAAUGCCAGCAAUAAGCUUCAACAACAAACUCCUUUUUCAGUUCUUGAAAGCUGUUUCCAACAAGAAGAAACCGUCUCUGCAGAGUUUUCAAUCUCUGAAGGUUUGGAGAGUUGGUGUGAUUAUUUCAAUGAGGAUGAGUCUUCAGUCAACUCACAAGACAGGUCCGGCACAGAUUCACUAUCACGGUCUUGCAGGACAACAAACCCCAAGAGUUUUGAAAAUAUAAGCAGAAGUGCUAAAAGUCGCAGACAUAUUCAAUUAUAUACAGAGGAUGAUACUGAUUUCAAUUAUGUGAGAGAGAUUCUUGAGCAAUCAGGCUUCACAGGAGAUGCCUUCCUCGGAACAUGGCACAUGCCAGACCAGCAGCCAUUGGACCCUUCAGUUUUUGAGGAAGUGGAGGCUUGCCUCCCUCAUGAACCAGAGUGCUCCGAGGAGGACAUCAUUGCUUCUUGUCAUCGCCAGCUUCUGUUUGAUUUAGUUAACGAGGUUUUACUUCAGAUAUUUGAUAAAUCAUUCUGUUACUACCCAAGAGCCUUGUCCUUCAGUUGUCACAUCCGUCCAAUGCCUCAGAGAAACCAUGUUUUUGAGGAGGUUUGGGCAAGCAUUAACAGGACCCUGAGCUCGAGGCCAGAUUUAGAGCAGCCACUGGAUUUUUAUGUGGCUCAAGAUUUGGCAAAGGGUGAUGAUUGGAUGAACCUCCAAUUAGAAACUGAAUGUGUGGCACUCGAGCUGGAGGAGUUGAUUUUUGACGAACUUUUGGAAGAAGUUAUACGUUCUGAAGAUUGUUGAGAAUAGUCAGGCUAGCCUUGUACAAAAAAUUUUGCUUUGUUCACUGUAUGUAACUAGUAUGCCCAUUGAUGUUUUCC